AUGACCUCUCUUCCAUUUCUCCCAGGAAAUUCGUUUACAGAUCCUACGGUAUGUAUAUUUUCUGAAAUGUUUGGUUGUUAUGAGUGUUGAAGAUCUUAUGGAAAAAUCACUGUAAAUCGACAUAUAUGCAUAGCCUGGGAAUAUUACCUUCUUAUUUCUUUUGCGUUAUAUUUAUUAAUAUUUCUAAAUUGUUGGGAUUUAUGAGGACCUCUUUCUUUAAAAGCGGCUUCGACUAAUUCUGUUAGCUCUCAGUGUCUUUUAUCACAAUGUUUUCAUACUUUUAGAUCCUCUCUAAUUUCUUUCAGAAAACCAAAUUUCAUCGACCUCAAACACUUGGAUGGAAGAACGGAUAUUCCUUGCCAACAGCCCCUGUUAUAGGGAUCGGCGGAGAUCCAAUACCUGUGAACAAAUUGACACAGGAAGAGCUCGACGAACUUGCAAAUUUAAAGCCUUCACUGACUUAUGGACAAAAAGUUCAAGCACCUCCAGAGGAUUUUGUCCCUGCCCAUGUAGGAUUUGAUAAGAAAGUUUUGCUUUUCUUUGGAUAUUUCAAGCAAACUGUGCACGAGUCUGCCAAUGAAUAUUACAGAGUUCGUCCAGUUAAAGUGUAUUAUUACCUGGAGGACGAUUCUAUUGCAGUUGUGGAACCUGUAGUUAAUAACAGGUAAUGAAAAUUUCCCUUUCUCAAAGUUAGCAUUUUAGGGAAAAUUUCACAUUUCAUUUGAAAAUACACUGAAAAACAAGUAAUGCCUCUGCAGACCCAAAAGGUACAGCUACCCCAUGCCAAUCUAAGACAGAAAGAACACAUUAAACUAGACUGUUACAUGUAGUUCCGUACGAAUGCUGACCCUUUGAGAGCAAUAUCUAACUAUGCCUGACCAACAAUUUUAUAGCCUGCAUCGCAGAUGAAUUUAACCCCGAAUAGUAAUUUCUGCAAGGAAGGAACCCAAAAUUCAUGUUCAGGGCUCGGUUGCAUAAAACCCUCUUAAGAUAAGUCGAGGGCUCUUAACUUUUGUUCUGGAACAACUUAUUGUUUUGAAGUAUAGUUACAAAUUCCCUAAAUCUUAAGAUGUUUUUUGCAACCCAGCCCUGGGCCUCUACAGACUUAAAGAAUUACUGGAACUUCAACCUCAAAAAAAACUUGAAUGGCAGCUGACAAUGACUUUUUUAGCAGACUAGUCACGGUUUAUGCUCAAAUUCUGGUAUACAGGUUGCGGCCCAGAACAAGGAUUUGGGCACUAUUUUGCAGACAGACUGUCUGUUGCACAGGCAACAAUUUUACAGUUUAAUUACAUGCGGCUCAUUGCCCCUGAUGAAACACUUCUGAGCCAGUUACAAAAGCCUUAUUAUUUCCAUGUCUAGCCUGGGGAAAACAAUAAUAUUAUUGCUAUUGCCCACAAGAGAAUUGUAUGCUCAGUCUAGCAUGGUGACUUGUAAUGUAUAGUAAACAAAUGCUUUUUUCUCUCUAUGUUUUAGUGGAAUUCCUCAAGGAAAACUUAUUAAGCGUCAGCGUUUACCAAAGAAUGACCUUGGUGAAUAUUGGCACUGGAAAGACUUAAACCUUGGGAUCAAUGUGACUUUUUAUGGGAAAGUGUUUCAUCUUUAUGACUGUGAUGCUUGGACAAAGGUAACAUGAUCUAUUUAGUUGUUUGGACUCUGAUAUAUCAACCAUGUACUAUAGGGGGUUUUCCAUGAAUUACCGGGUGAUAACUUGCUGCUUGAACUUCAAAUCUCUUUCUUAUACCAGACCUUGAUGACUAUUUUAUAUUUUUACAACCCUGUUCGAGCCAAGAAGUAACCAAUGAUUUAUGAAGGGUCUUCAACUUUACCAGUGUAAAUUCGUAGCAGCAACAAAGAAGACCCCUCUUUUUGAUACCUGUAUACUUUCCACAAGCCAUUAAGUUUAAUUUCUGAGGUACCAUUCGCCAACAAUCUAAUAACUUUGAAGGAAGGAAAAGUUUGGGCUUGAAGCAGCUUAGCCUGACAUUUGUCCUAAAUUUAAAAUGUACGGUUGAACCUCCACUAAUGGCCACCUCUUUACAAUGGCUACUUUUUUUGUCCUGGCGGACAGUGACCACACAAUGGUCACUCUUGUUUAAACCUCUCUACAACGGCCACUAACUCAUGUCUCCAGCUGCCAAAAUAACCUCGACAACAACCAGUUUUUUCAGCUGACUGUUGAAAGUUAGUCAAGAAUUGUCACCAAAUUUGAUCAGUAUGGCUUAUUGAUGAUUAAUUCAGGCAAUCGUAUUUUGAUUGUUCCAUUUGUAAUCUUAUGCUACUGCGGUAAGCAUAAAUUGUCUACGAUACUUAUGAACCUUGCUCAUUUUGUCAUGUUCUCUAUACAUUAAAAUAAUGAUUGAUUACUAUUAUGGUAUAUACAUUGUAGUAAGCAUGAACUGCAUGAGAACAAUAAACAUGUUGCCCUGCGGCCACUUUCUUCUGUCCCCAAGGUAUCCGUUGUGGAGAGGUUCGUUUGUGUAUGUACACUGUAAGCUUUUAGUAUUGGUACUCAGGAGAUCAGAUCUUGAUGCCUUGCCUGACCUUUUUCUUUAGGAAUAUUUGGCCAGUGAGGGGAUAGAGCUUAAUCAGCCGCAGAUGCCCGAGAAAGACCCUUACACUGAAUCCCGUAAACAGCCUCUCCGCACCUACAAAACACCUUCAUCCUUUGACAAACUGAAACAGUUUCUGGAGUUGGACAGGAAGGUUUUAAGAUUUUACUGUGUGUGGGAUGACAGGGACAGCAUGUUUGGAGAAAUGCGACCUUGUGUGAGUACAAGCAAUUCUUAAGCCUGGUUCUCAUUUCUGACUUAACACUACAUGCAUGCAACUGUGGUUCAGCUGCUGGUUCUGCCUGGAUAAAAUUUCAGUAGUGAUGUAAAAACAGUUUAGGCCCAGUUCAAAUGUCAAUCUUUUCAUGUACUGAACUUAAUACCUAUUUAGGUUGACCCAAAUGAUACAAGUUUGAUGUUGAUUCAGACAUUGAACUUAUUAAUAAUUAGUCAGACUCAAUUCAUUUUCACAUUGUUCAAUGGUCUUCUGAAUGCUUACAAGUGAAAAUAAAUUUUAGUAAUUUAUGCGAUAGGUUUCGCACGAGAAAUUCCACAUUUGAAAUGAACUCACUCCACAGUCAAAAUUCCCAUGUGGGCCACUCGAUCUUAAUUCAUGGGUUAACCCAGUUAAACAUGUUGGACUUAAUAUUGGUUCAAACACCAAAGGAUAUUUUCAUGUACUUAAUUGAAGGGAUUUGGUUCAGUACAUGAAAAGUUCAACGUUUGAACUGGGCAUUAAGUGAAAACAUUGAUACAUCCUUUGAAAGAAAGAAAAAUAAUUUUCGGUAUUGAUAGUGCAUGUUUCUUCUGUAUUCACCACAUUUACUUAUUUUGUUCCAGAUUAUCCAUUAUUAUCUGGUGAACGAUACUGUGGAAAUUAGAGAAGUGCACACAGCUAAUGACGGAAGAGAUCCCUUUCCUGUUCUGGUGUGCCGACAGAGACUCCCUAAAGACAGAACUAAUGUAGAAUGUAAGUACAUAGUCCGUAACCAUAGCUCAGAGAGGUACAUACACCUGUUUGCCUGAGUUUGAAUCCAAGCCAGACAGACACUUAGUCUUGGAAUUGGGGUCGGUUAUUAAAACAAAGACUAACGUAGACCGCGGUUUAUAGCAGAUCUUUGGACCUUCAGUGCUAGUCUACGCUAUGCUUUCACGAAGCUCUUCAUGAUGGUGUUUACAAAAAAGCGUUUGGCAAACUGAAAAUGGCUUAGAACACUGGCUAAGCUCUGUUUAAGUAACUGGCCCUUAGAGUUUUAAUUAAAAAUAACUGAGGAGAAAGUGCUGCUGACAUUUCACAUCUGCACAUGCCAUCAGACCCUUUGGUCUUCUUUAAUACAUCUAGAGAAGAAUGAAAAGUAAAACAUAGGCCCCAUCUCACAACACUUCAACAGUCAACAUCUUUGACUCUUAUGGGAUGUCUUGAAUACCAUGUCAGUGUAGUUUACACAACAAAUGCAGGUGUCCUAAAUCUAAACCAGGUAUUUCUUUUGUACCAAAAAUAAAGAGAAGUUUGCUGUAAAUAACCCAUUUUUCUGCUUAUAUUUCUGACAGCAUCUUUUCCAUCCUGUGUUCUGGAAUUAUCUGAUCAUGAAAUCAAAGACUGGUUCACUCCUCGAGACUUCAUGGUUGGAAAGACUCUCUUUAUUCUGGGAAGAAGAUUCCUUCUUCAUGACUGUGAUGAAUUCACAAAGAACUAUUAUAGGGUCAACUUUGGAAUAACCGACACUAAUCCUGUUGAUGUGAAAGGAGAACCAAGAGAACCCUUGAAUAAGGUAUUUUAAAUAUCUUUUUUGAUACGUCAAAAACCUGUCAGUAAUUAUAUUUAUUAUUAAACUGCUCACUGGCAGUAGAAAAGUGUAUUAACAGUUUUAAUUCCUUUGAUUUUUAAGUUAAAAGCAGAGGUUUAGUAAUAUUAAGCAAGGAAAAAUUAACCCUAAAAAAAUUUUUGCCAAAGAUUUACAUGAUAAAUCUGGAAUGUUACACAUGCCAAUUAGUUUGGCUCAAAUUGAGUCUGAUUGGACUUUAAGAGAUGAUGCUAGUUAUCUAAUUGGUAACAUUUCAUGAAAAAAACAAUCAAACUUAUUAUUUUUGCAUUUCUUAAGGACCAAAAACUGUUUGUCACGUUCUUUCACAACAAUAGUAUCACAGUAUUUGACAAUUACUGAUGGUAUAUUUUGUUAGGAUGUUCCACCAUACAAUGGCUUUGGCUCUCUUGAGGACAGCCUUCAAUCCUGCCUGUCUCUUGUGCCUCAGCCUCCAAAGAAAGACUUCAUCAAAAUGCUGGAAAAUGAUCACAAAGUACUACGAUAUGCUGCGACCAUGGUAAGUUACAAUCAUCCAAAUCGUUUGUGGAUAUCUUACUGUGUCACAGUUUGUAAGUUACAGUGAAAUACAAAAUACCAGUACUUGUAUUGGGAAAAACUUGCCUUUAAUGACUACCAAUAAAAAUCAUUUGUUUAAAUUUUUAAAUUGUAAUAUUCUUUAUACUUGAGGUUUUUUAAUAUCCCGGUCUUAGAUGAUUCUGUGGUUUGAAUAUACAUUAUCCAUCCCUCUACAAGUUCCAGUAUGUUCUUGAAAACUUAAGAGUCUCAUGGCAAGUUACCUGCUGUCAAAAAUUAUUCGAACUAGUUUAGUAUUAAUAAUAUUGUUACUUUUAAAGGAGCUUAUGUGAGUUGCUUCUUUUCUUUGUUCAGGAAAGUUUCAGACCAGAAGACAAAAAUAGACGCUUCAUCAUCUAUUACCGCCUGGCAGAUGACAUGCUUACAAUCUAUGAGCCUCCGGUGAGAAAUGCCGGAAUCAUUGGUGGGAAAUUCCUUGAGCGCACACGCGCCACUAAACCAGGAUCAUCUGUUGAUAAUCCUGAAUUCUACACCCCGGCAGACUUCCAAAUUGGUGCCCUCAUACAGAUCUUCAAACAUCGCUUUAGAAUAACAGAUGCCGAUGAGUAUGUGUUAAAAUAUUUGGAAUCACAUGCUCAGAUAUAUCCAAUCACC